AUGCCCAAGAAGAGCUCCGCCAUUCUGCUAAUUGCAGCUUUUUGGCAGACACUACUCGUAAAUGUCGACGGUCUUUAUACCAAAAACUCUCCAGUCCUCCAAGUUGACAGUAGCAAAUAUGACCAUUUGAUUGCGCGGUCAAAUCAGUUAUCUAUUGUAGAAUUCUACGCUCCAUGGUGUGGACACUGUCAGAACUUGAAACCUGUAUACGAAAAGGUUGCCAAGCACCUUGAUGGGCUGGCACAAGUUGCCGCUGUUAAUUGCGAUGACGACUUGAACAAACCCAUCUGUGGCCAGAUGGGAAUCCGGGGAUUCCCUACUCUUAAAGUCAUAACCCCGUCGAAAAAGCCCGGAAACCCACGAGUUGAAGAUUAUAACGGUGCGAGAACGGCUAAAGCUAUAGUUGAAUAUAUGGUGGAUAAGAUACCAAAUCAUGUAAAAAAGAUUACAGACAAGGAGUUCGAUGGUUGGCUAAAGGAAGCAAAUGACACUGCAAAAGCUAUUCUGUUCACAGAGAAACCCGCGACCAGUGCACUUCUCCGGGCGUUAGCUAUCGACUAUCUAGGGUCAAUUAAUUUCGCACAGAUUCGAAACAAAGAGACUUCAGCGGUACAAACCUUUGGUAUCAAAAAGUUUCCGACCAUUGUGCUUCUCCCAGGUGGAGGAAAAGAAGCUAUUUCCUACGGUGGAGAGUUAAAAAAGAAUCCGAUAUCUGAUUUUCUCGGUCAGGUAGCUAAAGCCAGCACAGAUCCAAAACCCAGCAAAUCUACAGCGUCCACUACCUCCGAGGCCACCGAAUCUCCAGAGACCAGUUCCAGAUCUGUCUCUCCUUUACCAUCCAAGGCCCCUGCUCUAAACAUCCUAUCCACAACCUCAGACCUUAGAAAGGUGUGUCUCGCCCCAAAGACGGGAACUUGUGUCCUCGUCCUCGGAAAAAUGCCAGAAUCAUUGGAUUCAGAACCUCCAGCUGGAGCAUUUCAGGCAUUCACCGGCCUCGCCGAGAUCUCCCAUAAACAUUCAUUGAGAAAGGGACACCUGUUCCCCUUUUACGCUGUUCCAGAUACAGUAGAGGAUGUUGGUGUAUUAAGGAAUAAGCUGGAGCUGAAGAAAGACAGCGUCAUUGAUGUCAUCGCUUUGAAUGCGAAACGCGGCUGGUGGCAACAAUACGACCCGGGAGAGGAAGGCGACUUUAGCGCCGCCAAACUCGAAACAUGGAUUGACGCGAUUCGUCUUGGAGAAGGAGCCAAAAAGAAGCUACCCGAUGGCGUUGUGUUCGAGGAGCAAGAGAAAGUGACAGAGCCGACGAAAGAACCUGAGAAAGAGGCUGGGAUGGAGCCCAAAGUUGAAUCACCAAAAGAGCCAAAACAAAAACCUGUAAAGGAGGAACCAACCAGCCAUAAUGAGCUGUAA